UUGCGUUUAUCCCCACGUAAUUGACGUAAAUAUAACCUAGAAAUAGUGCGGCAAAAACAAAAUUAACGCAAUUAGGCUUUAAAAUGGAUGAUUCUGACGAUGAUUGUUGUUACGUUUAUUUGGAAUUUAAUGAAAAACUCACUUCAAACAUUUUUGCCAAUAAAAUGUUUUUGCGGAUAGCCAACUUGCAUAAACCCAAUCCUUUGGUACAAAUCAACGAUUUGUUGUUUAAAGGAUCAUACGACGAGUGCGUUGGGACUAAUUUAUUUUUUGAAGAAGUCGAGGACCCUCCUUUGAAAACCAACAUAUUUGACAAGGACACUCCAAUCCGGCUCAAACCCUUGAUAACUCAGACUAAAAUCAUCAAAUUAAAACAAACUAAACUUCCUCGGAAAGCCGACACUAAUAAACAAUCCCAGGAAUCAGUAGUUUUAAAUUUAAAUCAAGAAUACAACUCUGUGUUGGAAAAACUAGAACAAGGCAUUUUGAAUAUUGACGAUAUUGCGCACAGAGAGCCCGAGCCCCAUUUCGCCGAACACUUCACCGACAUGCCAUGUAAGCCCCAUGUGCAAGUCUCAACUGAACCUGAAACGGAAAUCGCAACCCUUCUUGACUCACUUGAUACUUCCCCCACCUCAGCUUUGGAAGCAAAAUACGAGAGACUUAAACGCCUGGCUCGGCGUCCCGUCAAACGCAUGAAAUCCCCCGAACUCAUCGAAGACUGCGCCCCCGAAUACCGCAACGCUUAUGAAUACCACAAUUUGGAGCGCGAAAUCUGCCAAAACAGUGACGUUUUUCGCUCAGUUUCGUGCCCCAUUAUCGAGAAGAGUUUCGUGGGGGGUGUCGACAUGGACCGAUGCGUCCUGCAAGGCCUCAUCCCCGCAUCGUCGAACCCGAAUCGAGACCUCACGAGAGACGAGCAAAGGAGAAUUUUCACAAUUGACAAUUUUGAGAAUUUGUCCCUCCCAGCGCGGUAUUUGGUACUCAAAAAGUGUGUCUCACAAAUUGAGGAGUUGAUUGAAAGCUCGUCGAGUGAGGAGUUGAAAGAAACGGACGAAAAUGGGAGGACGAUUGCUGAUAUUUGUGACGUUUUUAGGAGGCUUGUGAGGGCUUUGGAGCAGACUAUGGGUCAGACGAGUGACAGGGUGGAGGCAAAGGGGACGGAUUUGAGUGAAAGGGGGGAUGACGAGUAUGUCAAGUAUAAGUACGAGCCCUCAAAAGAAUUACUCGACCCUUUGGAGAUUUUCAAUUAUGAUGAGUGGACCGAUGAGGAGGAGAAGGGGAUGGAGUUGGACAAGAGUGCGCAAGGACAGGAUUUGGGGCUCUCGGACGACAGCGUAGAGGAGUCCGAUCAUAAUUGACUCCUUUUUGUAAAUAUUUAAUAAAAAGUAUACAGGGUGUUUCAGAUAUACCAGGAGCAUGGAUUUUUUUAAUUGUAUCUGUCAAAAAAUUUGACAUUUGACAUUUUUUGUUUAUUUAUUAGUGUUACUAAUAAUUUUGUAAUGUUUUUUAUAAUUACACUGGUCAACAAAUUUUCGGUAACAUUGAUUAAACUACCUUCCCCGUUUAUGAUUUUUCACUGAUUUCGAAAAUUUUCACAAAAAUGUCUCAUCACGUAUCAUUCAUAUGUUAUCAACUUCGUUCUGACACAUACAGGGUGCGUCAAACCUCGCGCCCCAGAGAAAAUUUUCAAGUAAGGACCAGGAACAUGAAAA